CGUUUAGGGGGGUGCGUAAUGCAGGGCAGCGCCCCUGGGCAAACUAUUCGUUCGCAGUUUCCUGUAUUACGUCCACAGCUGGCAUAACAAAUACAUUGACAUGAGCGAAGGAGAUGAUGCCAGAAGUGCUGGAAAUCAUCCGUCAACAUUCUAUGGUGUCAACCUAGGUCUGCCUGAAGGUGCCCAAAGACCAGAAGAUGUUCCGCUGGUGUGCACCAGCAUCCAGGAGGUGCAGGCGGCGGUGCGCACGCACAAGACGGCCCGCUUCAAGCAGUUCACGUGUCGCGAGCUGGCGGCCGUCUACAGCGGCCAGAGACUGGAGCCGGCCGAGCCCACGUCGCCCGCGGCCGCGCCGGCCGCCGCCGCGGGCGGCGAGAAGCCGUCCCCCUUCAGGAACCCCACUCGGCCGGAGUUCCAGGCGUUCCGCUCGCUGGUGGAGCACGGCGACGAGGCGGCCGUGGCGGCGGCCGUCGAGCGCAACCCGCGCCUGCUGGUCAGUAGCGGCGACGCGCCGGCGCUGCUGCGCGAGGGGCCGCGCCACAACGCGCUUCACUUGGCGGCGCUGCACGGCCGGCCGGCCGUCUGCCGCCGCCUGCUGCAGGCCGUCGCCGAGCCCGGCUUCUUCCGCAUCCUCUACCCGGACGAUGAGCCCGAGGUGGCAGCCGCGCGCGCCAGGCGGGUCACCGACCUCUACCUGAACGUGCCGACCAAGGGCACGUACGAGACGCCGCUCCACCUGGCCUCCAAGCUCGGUCACGUGGAGGUGGUGCGCGAGCUGGUGCGGCACCCGGCCUGCAAGCGCGACGUCCGCAACAAGUUCGGCGAGACGCCCGAGCAGGUGAUCUGCAAGCAGAGCAAGGGCGGCGAGUCUGCGGACGCGGCGCGCCAGCUGGCGUUCUUGCUGCAGGACCCGUACUACGUGCAGGUGCUGGCAGACGCGGACGGCUGCGAGCCGCCCGUGCUGGCGCCGCCCUGCUCGCCACAGCAGGGCAGGCCAGUCGGGGAGUCCCCGGUGCAGAGUCCGGACUCCACAUGA